AUGUCCGAGUACCAGAUAUCCAGUGUGUACUUCUCGAGGAAGAACAAACUGCUGCUGUUGGUAUGUGUGUUUUUCUUCUCCUGCUCAACGCAUAUAUUUAAAAAUGUGUUUCCCUUUCUGUUUAUGCUGACGGGGGUGCGGAACGAGAUCGACCUGGAUAAUGUGGUUCAUCAGGAGGGGCCGUUCCCCGCAGGGAAGGGUCAUAUCGGGGGGGUAACGAAAAGGGAAGGGGUACAGACUGAUCUGUUUGCGGAGUCAGAUGCAUUCUCUCUAAGUAAUAACCCUCCUGGGGGGAGCCCACUUCCCCCACCUGUGACUGUCUCAAGGGAGGUCAUGCAAAACUCCACCUACUUCCAAACGAAGGACGGGAAUAGUCAGUCGAUCUAUCUGUAUAGUAACAUCCUGUCGCUUAUCUACUGCAGCUCUCUAGUGACCUACAUUUUUAUUCUGAUCUUCGAUUUAGGAAGAAAGAACUACGUUGUGAACAGCUUCUACAUCGUGAACCUGGUUUCUCACUUUAUCAUUUUUCUUCUUCUGAGUGACAUUCAAAUGAGGAACACGGAUUUGCGGGUAGUUACGAAAGGGGUGGUGGACACAAGCAUAUCGAAGAUUGGGAUGCCCCUCGUGGGGAGGUACUCACAUAUGGAGAGAACAAUUCCCCCAAAUGAUAUCCUCACAAAGAGGGGGGAUAUCAACUUUCACUUUAAGAAGAACCUGCAGGAUAAGCUGAACGCAUGGGAGUUCCUCAGCGUGGGACCAUUCCACAAACGCGCCGUGGAGUUUAUCCUAGCGAAUGGCGGCACGAACAGCAGUGAACAAAGCAACAAUGACAGAGACGCAGCGUAUACCUACGAAAGGAAGUAUCUGAAAUUCCUGUACCUGUUCAUUGUGGUCAGUUCCAUAUGCAGUGGGUACAUAAAAAUAUACCAGAAGAGGAUCAUGUAUUGCAUUUUCUACGUAAACAUAGGAGUGAUCACCUCAUUGCUGAUCCUAAUGAACAGCCUGUUUAAGCUCUUCGCUCAUUCGCUUAACUACGUAGUCACAAACAACAACUCCAAAACGGACAUAAGCGACUACAUCAUUCUGUUCCUUGUUAUAGACAUGUUUGGUCUUUUAAUGAUCUUGUUAUUUACGUAUAAGUGGUUUUAUCAGAAGAACCUGUGGGUUAAUAUGCAUACCAUUUUCUACAACUACAAAUAUAUCUGCUUCUACCACAAGGAAACUUACUACCUCUACUCGGAUGACAAACAGAUAGAUACCAUUUUGGUACACAUAGAUAUGUGUGGAGAUGAAAAUAUUAAGAUCAGCUUUUGCGCUUAUAUGAAUUUGAACAAAUCCAUUUUUUACGAUUAUUUGAGUCUGAACAAAUUUAGGAAAAACAAACUUCGCAUUUUGGAAAUUGCCGACCCAAACCUAGAGGUGAAGAGUACCUACAGGGUGGUGGACUCUCCUGGGGGGGUGGAUACACCGAAUGGAGAUCAUAGUCAGCGUAGCCAAAAGGGACACCUUGGUAGUCCACCCUUCAGCAGGAAGAAAAACCACAGUUACACAAUGAAGCCGUACAAAAUAUGCAUAGAGUCUUUAAACAGUCUUGCUAAUAUACUGCCCAAUGGGGAGGAGGACCCAUGCGAAGGCGAAACUGGGAUGGGUCAUUUGCCAGGUAACCAGUUAAACGGUGAGGAAGAUCAGGACCAUCUUGAAAUGAAUGCCGCUGGUGGGGACGAGGAAAACGUGCAAACAGAGACAAACGGGAAGAUUCCCAACUGCGUAAAGAAGAAGAAGAGAAGGUUGGCCAAGGGGGACUCUGUCCACUUUCUGGACCAACCGGAGGGGGAACCUCCCUACGCGGAAGAAGGAAAACAGACCUAUCUACCCUAUGAAGGGGUAGAAGUGAACGUAUCGAACGAAGCAAACCAUGUGCAGGGUGCGAAAUUCUACAUGGAAGAUAGUGUGGACCCCGAAGAGAGGGAAGAACAAAAGAGGAAUGUUCUUUUAAUCCCAAACUACGAUGAUGAGUGUAACAGAAAUGUAGACUACUACGACGAAUGGGAUGACAUAGAUAACAGGAACGACGCAGCAUCUUCCUUCCUCAGUAGAGCAGACGAAAGGAACGGCGCAGUUAGGAACAAACUGUUGAAUAUCUACCAAGGGAUAAAAAAAUUCAGCUCCUCCUUCACAUUUUAUUUUUUCUUCUUCAUUUUUAUCUACGCUUUUUUGUUAUCCAUUAUGCACAUUUUUAUAAAUUACUUUUUUUACAUUUACCUAUUUGUCUUUAACAUUAAUAUUUAUGUGUCGAAUGUGUAUACCAUUAUUAUGACGUUCGUUUCGCUUAUCGCUAUUCCUUUUUCUGGGUACAUUGUGGACAACAUAGGAUCGUUUCUGUCCCUCCUGCUGUGCUCCUCCACUUUCAUCUUGGUGGCCAUAUCGGGGUCCAUAUACUGCUACAAGUUUAACCUGAAUUCGGAAGCCCUCGCCUUUCUCUUCUUCAACCUCAUAGGCAUCAGCGAGUCUAUCAUCCCCACGGUUAUCAUUUCGCAGAUCCCCACUCAUCUUUGCGUGAAGAACAAUGAAGACAUCACUUCAGCCUUUGCCUUUUUCGAGUUGGUUACCAUGAUAAUCAUAAGUUUGAACAAUUACGUUUUUGGUUGUUUCCUGAUUAAGGAAGAAUACCUAAAGGGCCUGUAUGUACUUUUUUUUUUCGUCAUCCUGGUGAUUAGCCUUAUCCUUCUUUUAAUAAUCACCAUUUACCUUAAGAAGAAGGAGAGCGUGCGUGCGUACAAGAACCCACGGAACGCCGACCUGGCGCAGCCUCUUUUGUGA